AUUCAGGUCUGAAGUGAAAUAUAAUAAAGAAAAUAGGACAAUACACCUGUGCUCAUGUUUAUUAAAGCAGUAUUGGGGACAAAAAAAUAUUUUUGCAGUUCACCACCAUUAGGAAUCUCACAGAGGAAGAAGAAUAUCACAGGUAGCGAUUCAAAAACAAAUUCAGAGAAGAGAUGAUUAGUUCAUAUGAAAGCCAUUGAUACUGCUUAGUGCAUUUUGAGAAAAUAAAAGUUGGAGAUCUUGCAAAGGUUUAAUAUUAUGUACUGAAGAAAGGCUGACCGAGCGCACAACAUGAAUUUGCAAAUUCACUUUUCAUUUUAUUUCUUCUUCCAUGCCCAAUUCUGCAAAUUAUAUUUGUGCAAUAUAUAUUAUGUAGCUUUACCUGCUUAUUGUCAAUUUUCAUGACAUGUGAGUUUGUAAGAACUGUGAAAGGAAAAACUGUAAGAUACUUUUUUUCUGAGCUGGGAACAUCAUCAAUAGAUGGGAGGAAAUAGCAUCUCUGAGACAGUUAAUCGACAUUACCGCUGCUGUAGCAGGCUCUAGCUAGCUCUUUGCAAUCUGGUUUUAGAAAGGUGAAAGAAGCGACACAGCACAGCUGGUGGAAGGGUGAGGGCAGCAAAGCAGUCCUUGCUGAUCCAGGCGCCGCAGGAGGGCUGAGCCGGUGACUGGGCUCAGCCAAUUGGCAUUGGCGGCAGCCAAUGAGCAGCAGCGGCGCCAGGCAGGCGGCGGGAGCCGGCGCGCGGCGGCGGCGCGGGCCAUGGAGGACGUGUGCGCCAAGUUCGUGUCGCAGAAGAUCAGCAAGGCCCGCUGGCGGCCGCUGCCCGCCGGAGCUCUGCAGCUGCCCGACGUCUUCGCCACCGGCUCCUGGGACAAUGAGGAUAACAGGAUUUCCAUUUGGUCUGUUGGAGAUCUUGGAAAUGUGGGCCUCAAUGGAGACUAUCAAGGAGAACCUCAGCUAUUAUGUGACAUUAGGCACAAUGGUGAUGUUAUGGACAUGCAGUUUUUGGAUCAAGAGAGAAUUGUAGUUGCUUCAUCAACAGGAAAUGUGACUAUAUUCCGUCAUCAUCAAAAUAAUCAGACUUUGUCUGCCAACCAGCGGUGGGAGAAAGCUCACUAUCAUGUGGAUCGCAAUGCAUCAUGUGGUGGUGCAGCAUGUACUGGAGUAAUCUGCAGCAAUCCAGAAAUUGUUACUGUUGGAGAAGAUGGUAGAAUAAAUCUCUUCAGAGCUGACCAAAAGGAUGCAGUGAGAACUAUAGACAAUGCAGACAGCAGCACACUCCAUGCAGUGACUUUCCUCCGUACAACUGAGAUCUUGACAGUAAACUCAAUUGGACAGUUGAAAAUAUGGGACCUCAGACAGCAAAGAAAUGAGCCAUCUCAGAUAUUUUCUUUGACAGGUGACAGAGUUCCACUGCACUGUGUAGACAGGCAUCCCAAUCAGCAGCACAUUGUAGCCACAGGAGGCCAGGAUGGGAUGCUGAGUAUAUGGGACAUCAGGCAGGGUACAAUGCCAGUGUCCCUGCUAAAUGCUCAUGAAGCAGAAAUGUGGGAAGUUCACUUCCAUCCCUCCAACCCAGAUCACUUAUUUACAUGUUCUGAAGAUGGAUCUCUUUGGCACUGGGAUACUUCCACAAGUGUGUCUGAGAAACCAUCUUUUCUUCAUCAAGGAGGAAGAAGUACUACAUAUUUUUCCCACAGUACAAUUAACCAGUCCGUAGUAAGUGCGUGGCUAAGCAAUGACCCUACUAAAGACCGCAUGGAGAUUACCAACUUAAUUCCAAAUCAGACUUUGUCUGUGAACAGUUUAGAUAUUUUAGGACCAUGUCUCGUAUAUGGUACUGAUGCAGAGGCUAUUUAUGUUAACCGACACCUUUUUGCGUGAAACUGCUCAAGUAUCCCUUUGAACUUGAAGCGUCACCUUGAGCUACUGGGAAAUGCAUCAGGUUCACCCAGGUUUUGAACUAACGCCUUGUUAUCAGCAUGGGGGAGAGGUCUACAGCUUGGUUCUGCUAUUGCAAAAGGAAUGCAAGUUACCUUGGAUUCUUAAAGUUGUCCCUUAUUAUUGAUGCUCUACCAUGGGUAAUUAAACCAGCUUUCAUUUAAGUUUGAUCUCGCUUCUCCCCCAUUGUCUGUUUGGUUUUGGCAAGCAGGAAGCUAGUGACGGGGGCAAGAAGCCUGGUUUUAGCUGCUGUCCAUGAUAUUCAAGGUGAAGAAAAGGUAACCCCAUGAUUAUUCAUGUAGAUGUGGAGAUACUUUCACGUAUUAAGGGCAAAACAUAAGGUUCUUUGACAUUCAUUUUGUCACCUGAGAGAUGGCUUUUAAUUUCAGAUUUUAUAUAUUUUGGAAACAAAACUUUUUAUGCUGGUGCAUGAGAAUUUGAAAGGAAAACUAAAAGCUGUGGAAUGUGAAAGGUUCUGUAAGAAUCUGAACGUUUUAGCAGCAUUGUUUUGGUUUGCUACAACUUCAUCGUGGAUACAGCAUGUUAAAACUUGAUAAUGUGCCUGUAACUCUCUCAUUGGAAAAGUGUUUUUAUAGCUCGGUGGUCAUAAGGGAUGGAUGCGUUGGCUGUGUUUUAAAAUACGCGGUGGAGACUCUGAGUCAGACACGGUCUUUAUCACAAUCAGUUUUGCAUCUAGUCUGUCUUGCAAUGUUUGGAAAGUUGAUUUUGAUUACUGUCAUACCUACAUUUUGUCGCAGAGAACCCUUUCUUUCUCUUUUUAAUAAAAUAUCUUGCACAAGAA